AAUUUCAAUUUGUUUUGUUUCCCUCAACCUAGUAGAUUCACAGCACUCCACCGACUUGCCUGAAAACACAGAAAUCCCCAUUUUCAUCCUCUUCGGAGGCUCUAUCUCAUCUCCUUCAAUUCUCACACCGGAGGCUUCUAUCUCAUCUCCUUCAAUUCUCACACCCGAGUGUAUAUAUCUGUAUCGGUGUGUGUAUAUAUAUAUAUAUAUAUAUAUAUAUAUAUAUAUCUAUAUAUUUGUAUGUAAUGAGAGGUCGUGAUCGGAUAAACCUGAUCCUACCGGACGAGUUGAUCCUCGAGAUCUUCGGCCACCUCGAUUCGAAAUCGAGCCGCGAUGCGUGCUCUCUGGUCUGCAAGAGAUGGCUCGACCUCGAGAGAUCCAGCCGUGACACCAUCCGAAUCGGCGCUUCUGCUAGUCCCGACGCGUUGGUCAAUUUCUUGGCUCGUCGCUUUGUCAAUGUCAGAAAAGUAUAUUUUGACGAAAGGCUAUCAAUUCCUCGUCUCGGUCAAUCCGCAAAAAUUGGAAGAAGACGUGGUAUUGGUCAAUCUGUGCUUUCGUCUCUUACUCACCAUAUGAAUGAUAAAAUUGGGUCUGAAGAUGGUGAAAUGGAGUCGCACUUUUUAUCAGAUUCUGGUUUGACUGUCGUUGGUGAAUGCUUUACAAAACUUGAGAAAUUGAGCCUAAUAUGGUGCUCUAAUGUGACAAGUUUUGGGUUGAAGUCUAUCGCUGAGAGGUGUAGUUCAUUGAGAUCUUUGGAUUUGCAGGGUUGCUAUGUUGGAGAUCAAGGUCUAGCUGCUGUCGGGGAGUGUUGUAAGCAACUUGAAGAUCUGAAUUUGCGUUUUUGCGAGGGCUUAACUGAUAGGGGGUUGGUUGAGUUAGCUCUCGGUUGUGGGAAAUCUCUAAAAUCUCUUGGUGUAGCAGCUUGUGCUAAAAUAACUGAUGUCUCAUUAGAAGCAGUGGGAUCUCAUUGUGGAGUUCUUGAGGCAUUGUCACUGGACUCAGAGUUCAUCAAUAACAAAGGGGUACUUGCUGUGGCCAAAGGAUGCCAUCUUUUGAAAGUUUUGAAGCUACAAUGCAUUAAUGUUUCAGAUGAGGCUUUGCAAGCCGUUUCCGAUUUCUGUCAUUCAUUGGAAUGGUUGGCUCUUUACAGCUUUCAGAAAUUUACUGACAGGAGUCUAUAUGCUAUCGGGAAAGGGUGUAAGAAGCUAAAAAAUUUGACUUUGAGUGAUUGCUAUUUCUUAAGUGACAAGGGUCUGGAAGCAGUUGCGGGUGGCUGCUCUGAACUUACAUAUCUUGAAGUCAAUGGCUGCCACAAUAUCGGAACAAGUGGACUGGAGUCUAUUGGAAGAUCAUGCAUACACCUUUCCGAGUUAGCUCUAUUGUACUGCCAAAAGAUAGGUAACUCUGCCCUUUCUGAAGUUGGCAAAGGCUGCAAAUACUUGCAAGCUCUUCAUUUGGUAGAUUGCUCAAGUAUUGGGGAUGAUGCCAUAUGCAGUAUAGCUAGAGGCUGUACGAACUUGAAAAAACUUCACAUCCGUCGAUGUUAUGAGGUUGGAGAUAAGGGAAUCAUAGCUGUUGGUGAGAAUUGUAAAUUCCUUACAGACCUUAGUCUUCGGUUUUGCGAUCGGGUAGGGGAUGAGGCACUAAUUGCUAUUGGUCAAGGCUGCUCCCUACAUCAGUUGAAUGUUAGUGGCUGCCAUCAAAUUGGGGAUGCUGGAAUUAUAGCCAUUGCGAGAAGCUGUCCUCAACUCAGUUACUUAGACAUAAGCGUUCUUCAGAAUCUGAGUGAUAUGGCAAUGGAUGAGUUAGGUAAAGGCUGUCCAUUACUCAAGGACAUAGUGCUAUCACACUGCCGUCUCAUAACAGACGUUGGUUUAGCCCAUCUCGUUAAAAGAUGCACAUUGCUUGAAUCCUGUCACAUGGUUUAUUGCCCAGGUAUUACUGCAGCUGGGGUUGCCACUGUGAUCUCGAGCUGUGUCAACAUAAAGAAGGUCCUUGUCGAGAAGGCAAAGGUUAGUCAGAGGACCAAACGGAGGGCUGAGUCCAUCAUCUCCUACCUAUGUGUAGACCUUUAGACACCAAAUUACAUAUUUAUCUUUAAAGCUUCCAGUUCCGUGCACACAAAUGCAAGAUCAAUGUUAGUCCAGAUUCAACUCUGUUGCUUGCAUGAAAAUAAGCGCUUGAACUUGUUUGUAUUUAAUCCCACGUUGUUCCCUUAAUACGUCUGUUCUCAUGUACCAUUUUGUAAUAAGGUGUCGGGAUAUUGGGAAGUAGUUGUCAGUUAACAUGAAUAAGUCCUAUGAUUUGCAGGUUUGAUUAUACAAAAAUCUUGUAAUUAAUUUUAUCUUUUGCUGUUUGUUUCAGUGCAUGUAUUUUUGUACAUUCUUGUUAAAAUGGUAUUAAUUUUAUCGUUUCCUUUUC